UCGAAUGAAUGAGUGAGGCGCGCGAGAGGACCUGUAGUUCAUGUGGUGGAGUGUUUACAGCUGAAUAGUUGUUCAUUUAUAAUAUAUUGUGUCUAUAAUAUCGGUCUCUGAUGGAGGAGGUAGACGUGGAGCCGGCGGUCACAAAUAUUCCUGCAGCCAGUGACGGGAAGCAUUUGGGAUUUGCAUGGGGUCCAGGUGACAUCCUCGUGUAUGAGACCCUUUACAAAGCAUCAGAUGCUAAAGGAUCAUGCUGCUCCUUCAUCCAUGAAGUCAGGAAAGAUGAGGAUAUAUACUCCCCCAUUUUACGCAAACUCUUCAAUGAGUCGCAUCACAUCUUUGUUGGCCUGCAGACGAUUAGAGAGGACCUCCCCAGCAAGAACAAGAAACCCCAAUUUGUCAGCAUCAGUAAAAACUACAGAUCCGUGAUACGAGCCUGUAUGGAGGAGCUUCAGCAAGUCGCAGUUUCUACAAAAGAUGCAGAAAUAGCGACGCAAUAUGGAAAUCAGGUGUCCAUUCUGUUGGCCAUAGAACUGAUCUGGAAUCUGUGUGAAGUGCUGUUCAUUGAUGCUGCUCCUGCGGGUUCCCUGUUACUCCACCUCCUCGACUGGGUAAGGCUACAUAAGGCUGAUGUGGAUGAGAAGGCCAGAGAAGUGCUGCAAAGUGAGAGCCCUGCUGAGCACCACGACUACUGGGAUGUGGUGGUGAGUUAUGUGCUGCAGGGCAGGUUGGAAGAAGCCAGACAGAUGCUGGUGAAGCAGGCCACCCUGCAGCCUGCUGCCAGGAACAUGUACAAGCUGAUGGACACUUUGCUCAGCAAGAUGCCAUUCUACAACCCUGGUGGCACUCAGACGCUGACAGAGUUUGAUGUGAAGUGGAGACACUGGCAUGACGAGGUGAACCGCUGCCUGCAGGACAACUCGUUCGCCAGCAAUCAACACCUGGAGAUCCUCUGCAAGAUCCUAGUGGGGGAUGAAGACACGUUGCUGGAUCACAAGGACCUCCUGAGCACAUGGUACCACUUCCUGGUCACUAGACUGCUCUUCUGCCACCCCACGGUCAAACCCACCGAGUUACAUUACUACGCACAGUCAUGCAUGACGAUGUUUCUAGACUUGAGGAGCGUCCCAGAGCCCCUGGACAACAUCUUGCUGGCUGCCUUUGAGUUUGACAUCCAUCAGGUCAUCAAAGACUGCAGCAUUGCUCUCAACAACUGGUGGUUUGUGGCCCAUUUGACGGAUCUGUUGGAUCAUUGCAAACUCCUCCAGUCUCACAAUCUGCACUUUGGCUCCAACUUGAGAGAGUUUCUCCUGUUGGAAUAUGCUUCUGGUCUCUUCACUCAUCACAGUCUGUGGCAGUUGGCCGUGGACUACUUUGACCACUGCCCAGAGUUCGGCCGUGUCUACCUGGAGCUGCAGAUUGAGCGCGUUCCUUUAGACACAGAGCGCAAAGCCCUCAAGGUGCUCCGGAUCUGUGAGCAGAGGCAAAUGUCCGAGCAAGUGCGGAGUAUCUGUAAGAUCAUGGCUAUGCGGGCGCUGAGGAACAACAGACUGGGCUCUGCUCUCUCCUGGAGCAUCAGGGCCAAAGAUGCUGCCUUUGCCACGCUCAUUUCAGAGAGGUUUCUACAGGAUUACUGCGCCAAAGGGACCUUCUCUGAUUUGGACCUGAUAGACAACUUGGGUCCGGCGAUGCUCCUCAGCGACAGGCUCACGUUCCUCGGGAAGUAUCGUGAGUUCCACAAGCUGUACGGAGAGAAGCGCUUCAGCGAGGCGGCCAAGCUGCUCCUCUCUUUAAUGACGGCCAAGAUCGCCCCCCGGAGCUUCUGGAUGACUCUGCUGACCGACGCCCUGCCGCUGCUCGAGCAGAAACAGGUGAUCUUCUCGGCGGACCAAACCCAUGAGCUGAUGUUCUGUUUGGAGGAGCUCACCUCCUCGCUGAACGCCUCAGACAAGCCCCCGCAGGAUGAAGACAUAGAGCUGACCAAAGUGGAGCUACUGAGACUCGCCCUGGCGAGGAACCUGGCCAUGGCGAUCAUCAAAGAGGGAACUGUGGAGGCAUGAGUGGCGACAGUAAAAAGAAAAGCUCUUCUUUUGCAUUUUUGUAUUGUAUAUAAAGUUCAAGUAAUCAAAAUGUGCCGUUUGAUAAUAAAACUCUUUUCUGACUCUCAAUAAGUGAAAUAACGUCAGACAUCCGUUGAAAGUAUUUAUUUGUUUCAGGUAGCGAACACACGGUCAUACAAUAAAGAAUAGCUACAUUACACGCUAUGUACAGUACACGCCUCGUCUGUGCAUCCCAUAUGACGAGCUGAGGACGACCAGAGGGACCUACGGGAGGAUCAGCAGGACUGAUUCAUGAAACGUUACCCACAGCACAGCCUCACUGCUGAACACACACUUCAUCCACCUGGUGACGGACUUCCCUUUAAAUUUACAUUUUUUUUUCAGUUCACAUUUUCUAGGUUCAGUGAUGCACUGAAAUACUAUAACGGAACAGAAAACAAUAAAUAAGACACAAAUACUCCCAACACUGACAUCGGUAGAGGAGUAAAUCAUCUUUAAAUAUAAAAACAAAAAUAUGAUAACCCACUGCUAACAUCACCACUGAAAUGGGAACAAUCACCUUUCAUUUAUUCUCAAAAGAAAAAACUAAUUCCGUGAAAUAAAACCAGAGUUGGACUCAAACAUAACGACAGUCAUGAAUACAAAUGAACCACCUUAAGUGCAGUCGGUUUCCUUUACAGCACAAAAUUAAAUAUUGUUGGUCCACUACAUAUUUGAAUAGGAUAAAUGAUAAACAGGUAACCAUGUCAAACAUCUUGAUGUCUGAAA